GUUGCACGUUUUCAAAAAAUACCUAAUGGUGAAAAUGAAACAAUGAUUCCUGUAUUGACAUCCAAAAAAGCAAGUGAAUUACCUGUCAGUGAAGUUGCCAGCAUUCUCCAAGCCGAUCUUCAGAAUGGUCUGAACAAAUCUGAAGUUAACCAUAGGCGAGCCUUCCACGGCUGGAAUGAGUUUGACAUCAGUGAGGAUGAGCCGCUGUGGAAAAAGUAUAUUUCUCAGUUUAAGAACCCCCUGAUCAUGCUGCUGCUGGCCUCCGCAGUCAUCAGUGUUUUGAUGCGUCAGUUCGACGACGCCGUCAGCAUCACUGUGGCAAUACUCAUCGUCGUUACAGUUGCCUUUGUUCAGGAAUAUCGUUCAGAAAAGUCUCUUGAAGAGCUGAGUAAACUUGUGCCACCAGAAUGCCACUGUGUGCGUGAGGGGAAACUGGAACACACGCUUGCCCGAGACUUGGUUCCAGGCGACACGGUGUGCCUGUCUGUGGGGGACAGAGUUCCUGCCGACUUACGCUUGUUCGAGGCUGUGGACCUUUCCAUCGAUGAGUCCAGCUUGACAGGGGAGACAACACCUUGUUCUAAGGUGACGGCUCCUCAGCCAGCCGCCACUAAUGGAGACCUUGCCUCAAGAGGUAACAUCGCCUUCAUGGGAACACUGGUCAGAUGUGGCAAAGCAAAGGGCAUUGUCAUUGGAACAGGAGAAAAUUCUGAAUUUGGAGAGGUUUUUAAAAUGAUGCAAGCAGAAGAAGCACCGAAGACCCCUCUGCAGAAGAGCAUGGACCUCUUAGGGAAACAGCUCUCCUUCUACUCCUUUGGUAUAAUAGGCAUCAUCAUGCUGGUCGGCUGGUUACUGGGAAAAGACAUCCUGGAGAUGUUCACCAUCAGUGUGAGUUUGGCUGUCGCGGCGAUCCCCGAAGGCCUUCCCAUCGUGGUCACAGUGACGCUCGCCCUUGGUGUCAUGAGGAUGGUGAAGAAGAGGGCCAUCGUGAAGAAGCUGCCUAUCGUUGAGACCCUGGGCUGCUGCAACGUGAUUUGUUCAGAUAAAACCGGGACGCUGACGAAGAACGAAAUGACUGUCACUCACAUAUUCACAUCCGACGGCCUGCACGCCGAGGUUACUGGUGUCGGCUACAAUCAGUUUGGGGAAGUGCUCGUCGAUGGCGACGUCGUCCACGGUUUCUACAACCCGGCCGUCAGCAGAAUCGUGGAGGCGGGCUGCGUGUGCAACGACGCCGUCAUUAGAAACGACACUCUGAUGGGGAAGCCGACAGAGGGAGCCCUGAUUGCCCUCGCCAUGAAGAUGGGCCUCGACGGCCUUCAGCAGGACUACAUCAGGAAAGCGGAGUACCCUUUCAGCUCCGAGCAGAAGUGGAUGGCCGUCAAGUGUGUGCAUCGAACACAGCAGGACAGACCAGAGGUUUGUUUCAUGAAGGGUGCGUUUGAGCAGGUGAUUAAGUACUGCACCACAUACCACAGCAAAGGGCAGCCCUUGGCCCUUACCCAGCAGCAGAGAGACGUGUACCAGCAGGAGAAGGCUCGGAUGGGCUCCGCGGGGCUCAGAGUUCUUGCUUUGGCUUCUGGUCCUGAACUGGGACAGCUGACGUUUCUGGGCUUGGUGGGCAUCAUCGACCCUCCUAGGACCGGUGUGAAAGAAGCCGUCACGACGCCCAGCCGUCUGGGGCUGUACUCCAAGACGUCCCAGUCCGUCUCCGGGGAGGAGAUCGACGCCAUGGAUGCCCAGCAGCUCGCCCAGAUCCUGCCGAAGGUUGCGGUGUUUUACAGAGCUAGCCCACGGCACAAGAUGAAAAUUAUUAAGUCCCUCCAGAAGAACGGCUCGGUUGUCGCCAUGACCGGGGAUGGGGUAAAUGACGCAGUCGCUCUCAAGGCUGCAGACAUUGGGGUCGCAAUGGGCCAGACCGGCACAGACGUUUGCAAAGAGGCCGCUGACAUGAUCCUGGUGGAUGACGACUUCCAGACCAUAAUGUCUGCAAUUGAAGAGGGUAAAGGGAUUUAUAACAACAUUAAAAAUUUUGUUAGAUUCCAACUGAGCACGAGCAUAGCAGCACUGACCUUAAUCUCCCUGGCUACUUUAAUGAACUUCCCUAACCCUCUCAAUGCCAUGCAGAUUUUAUGGAUCAAUAUCAUCAUGGAUGGACCCCCCGCUCAGAGCCUUGGAGUAGAACCAGUGGAUAAAGAUGUCAUCCGCAAACCACCUCGCAACUGGAAAGAUAGCAUUUUGACUAAAAACUUGAUACUUAAAAUACUCGUUUCAUCAGUAAUCAUUGUCUGUGGGACUUUGUUCGUCUUCUGGCGUGAGCUACGAGACAACGUGAUAACACCUCGAGACACAACGAUGACCUUCACGUGCUUUGUGUUUUUUGACAUGUUCAAUGCACUAAGCUCCAGGUCCCAGACCAAGUCUGUGUUCGAGAUCGGGCUCUGCAGCAAUAAGACGUUCUGCUAUGCGGUCCUCGGGUCCGUCAUGGGGCAGCUGCUCGUUAUUUACUUCCCUCCGCUCCAGAAGGUGUUCCAGACCGAGAGCCUCAGUGUGCUGGACCUGCUGUUUCUCCUGGGCCUUACCUCGUCGGUGUGCAUAGUGGCAGAGAUCAUAAAGAAGGUCGAGAGGAGCCGGGAGAAGACCCAGAAGGACGUUAGCUCGACUUCGCCGUCUUUCCUCGAAGUCUGGCUCUGGAAGAGGAGUAGACAGCAGCUGAUUGAGGUACACCCCCAUCUGGACACAGCACUGCCACUGACAGAAGACGUGAGCCGUGUCUAGAUCCAGUCUCAGCGUGCCUGGCCGCGCCUGCUGCUUCACUCUCUGGAACUCUUCGUACAACACCUUAGCACCAUCCAGCUGCAGACCUUCCUCACCUAGACAGAGAGACCACCCAAGGGCAUUUCACCACUGCAGCAGCCUGUACCCUCUCCACCCAUGAGACUUGAAAUGUUUUCCUCUUUGGGCUCAUAAAUGCCUCGUUGUGUAAGUUGAAAUAUUUAUACUGAAAUGCCCUGUAAUGAUAACCUAACUUGAAUCAACCCCGAAUUAUUUUUUCCCUUGAAAUAAGAUCUUCCACUGUCUCCUACCUGACCAGAACCUUUUCUGCCUCUGUUACCCCUGAACCCUGAAUCUGUGUAUGAAAAAUGCAAACGACUAUUAAACAUCAUUUUCUUUACUGUU